AUGGCGACCAGCAGCUCAGUAGUAGUACUGGCCGUCCUGGCCACCGUCGCCGCGCUGGUCUCCCCGGCCAUGUCCCUACCCGUCUUCACCGGCGACGUCGGCGUUUCUCCGGGCUUCCACGCCGCGUCGUGCCCGCAGCUCGACGGCAUCGGCUGCGACGCCUCCAUCCUCCUCAACACCACCUCCGCCCGCGAGACGGCGCUGCUCCCCAACCUCACCAUCAGGUCGCGCGCCAUGCAGCUCAUCGAGUCCAUCCGCGCCAGGGUGCAUGCCACCUGCGGGUCCGUUGUGUCAUGCGCCGACAUCACCCUGCUCGCCACCCGCGACAGCAUCAUCGUGUCCGGCGGGCCCUGGUUCUCCGUGCCACAGGGCAACCUCGACAGCCUGGCCCCGGCGUCACAGAAGAAUGUGUCCGACCUCACGUCGCCCACGAUGGCAAGCGUGGCCGCGCUGGUGGAGUCCUUCCGCACCCGGGGCCUCGGCGACGUGGCCGACCUCGUGGCGCUCUCCGGCGCGCACACCAUUGGGCGGUCGCACUGCGACAGCUUCGCCGACCGGUACCGGCGCGCGGACGACACCUUCUCGCGGAAGCUGGCGGCCAACUGCAGGAAGCACCCGGACCGGCUGCAGAACCUGGACGUGGUCACCCCCGACCUGUUCGACAACGGGUACUACAAGGCGCUGCGGUUCAAGCAGGGCGUGCGCACCUCAGACAUGGCGCUCGUCAAGAAUAAGACCACGGCGGCCAUCGUGAAGCGGUUCGCCCAGAGCAAGCACGCCUUCUUUGGGCAGUUCGCCAGGUCCAUGGAGAAGCUCGCCAGGGCGCCCAAGCUGGCGGGCAACGUGGGCGAGAUCCGGCGCUUCAGCUGCUUCAGGACCAACGCCCAGCGCGCCGACGCCCUGGACGCUGCCGAUGAGGAGGAGGAGGGCUUCGCCGCAUCCGCCUGA